AUGCUAAACAGAGGCACCAACCACAACAGCAGGUCCGACAACCACGGCUCCGAUGACCACAACAGCAGCUCCAACAACCACAACCCCAGCAGCUCCAAGUACCACACCAGCAGCUUCAAGUACCACAACUCCAGUUCCAACUACAACAACAGCACCUCCAACAACCACAACUGCAGCUCCAACAACAACAGGCCUGGCAACAACGACAACCGUGGCUCCAACAACCACAACAGCAGCUCCAAGUACCACAACUGCAGCUCCAACAACCAUAACAGCGGCUCCAACAACCACAACCACGGCAACAACACCUACAACUGCUGGACCAACGACAACUGCUGGACCAACGACAACUGCUGGACCAAUGACAACUGCUGCACAAACGACAACUGCUGCACCGACAACGACAAAUGCUGCACCAACGACAAUUGCUGCACCAACAACGACGAUUGCUGCAUCAACAACGACAAUUGCUGCACCAACAACGACGAUUGCUGCAUCAACAACGACAACUGCAGCACCAACAUUGACAACUGUUGCACCAAUAAUGACAACUGCUGCACCAACACCAACCACUGCUACACCAACGACAAUUGCUCUGCCUGCAUUAACCACAACUGCUGCACCUACAACGACAGCUGUUGCACAUACAACAACUGCUAUACCAACAACGACAAUUGCUGCACCAACAACGGCAACUGCUGCAACGACAAUGACAACUGCGUCCCCAACGACAAUUGCUGCACCAACAAUGACAAUUUCUGCAUCAACAAUGACAACUGCAGCACCAACGACAAUAACUGCUGCACCAACAUUGACAACUGCUGCACCAACAACGACAACUGCUGCACCAACAACGACAACUGCUGCACUAACGACAACUGCUGCACCAACAACGACAACCGUGGGUCCAACAACCACAACAGCAGCUCCAAGUACCACAACUCCAGUUCCAACUACAACAACAGCACCUCCACCAACAACAACUGCAGCUCCAACAACAACAGGCCUGGGUCCACCAACCACCACAGCAGCUCCAACAACCACAACAGCGGCUCCAACAACCACAACAGCACUUCCAACAACCACCACAGCAGCUCCAACAACCACAACAGCUGCUCCAACAACCACAACAGCGGCUCCAACAACCACAACCACGGCACCAACACUGACAACUGCUGGACCAACGACAACUGCUGCACAAACGACAACUGCUGCACAAACGACAACUGCUGCACCAACAACGACAAUUGCUGCAUCAACAACGACAACUGCAUCACCAACGACAAUAACUGCUGCACCAACAUUGACAACUGUUGCACCAACGUCAACUGCUGCACAAAUGACAACUGCUGCACCAACAACGACAACUGCUGCACCAACGACAAUUGCUGCAUCAACAACGACAACUGCAGCACCAACGACAGUAACUGCUACACCAACAACAACUGCUGCACCAACAACUACUUCACUAACAACGACAACUGUUGCACCUACAACAACAACUGCUGAACCAACGAC